CAGUAUUUCAUGCCCGGUUUAGCAGCCUGCUACAUCAGCUGGUCGGAUGCUGAGAGGUAAUUGGUCGGGACCGAGAGGCUGUAUUUUGAAAGGAUGUUACUCCUGUUUUUACUGGUCUAAGAUUACCGUCAGGCAAGAACUGGAGACACAUUUUGGCAGUGUCUUUGCUUCUCCCUCUAUUUCGCUGGCUGAAACAUUCAGCUUUCAGCUCCGGGACGCCGAGCCGCUUCUUUGCGGAACCUCCGGGCUCCGGCUGUCCACGCACAGCGGUGUGAAGAAGACACGGAGGCAAACGCACCACACACAAAAAAAAAGGAGGGCUGUAGACGUAGGAAAGAAUCUGAUUGAAUGGGUUGCUAUGGUAACUGACUCUGGCAGGGAGACCCCGGAAAACUGGAUCGUGAAUGGGGAACAUCUCCUGUGGCAGGCAAACUAAGUAACAGAGAGACUGGAGGGAACGGGUUCAGUAUGGAGGACGGGUUUUCUGGCUACAACAGCCUCUACGACACCUCCUCGCUGCUUCAGUUCUGCACCGAUGACAGUGCUUCUGCAGCCAGCAGCAUGGAGGUCACCGACCGAAUCGCCUCUCUGGAGCAGAGAGUCCAGAUGCAGGAGGAUGAGAUUCAGCUGCUGAAGUCUGCGCUGGCAGACGUGGUCCGGCGCUUGAAUGUUUCUGAGGAGCAGCAGGCCAUGCUGAACAGGAAAGGGCCGACCAAAGAUCAGGCAACGUCUAAGCGAACAGAGGCAGAUAAACAGGGCAGAAAUAGGAGAUCAGCGAGACCCUUAGUGCAAACCCUGCCAUUAAGACCUACAGUUAACAAUGGAACAGUACUACCAAAGAAAAUAAGCGGCUCUCUACCAUCUCCCUCUGGAACCAGGAAGGAUAUAACAUCAGCAACCAAAAGUGCUGUGAAGAGAAGCAAUUCUUCUGAACGUGUGUCUUCAGCAGCACGAAGAGAGAGUUUCGGAGAAUCAAAGAGCAAUAGGGCCCGCACCGGAUCAACCAGCAGUGGGUCUAGCGGCAAAAAGAUCAGUGAUGGAAAAUCCAGGGACCCUCUCUAUAAUGCAGGGAAACGCCGUGUGACUCAUUGCAAAGAGGAAGGCUACGUAAAAAUGUUCCUACGUGGGCGCCCUGUCACCAUGUAUAUGCCCCAGGAGAUUAAGGAGACCUACAGCCUGGAAGAUAAAGCUGAACUUCCGACCAAAAAGCUGAAGUUGGACUGGGUUUAUGGCUAUCGAGGCCGAGAUUGCCGGUGCAACCUGUACCUUCUACCAACAGGAGAGAUUGUAUAUUUCAUUGCAUCUGUCGUUGUAUUGUACAAUGUGGAGGAACAGCUUCAGAGACACUACACUGGCCAUAAUGACGAUGUCAAGUGCCUUGCAGUCCACCCUGACAGGAUCACCAUAGCAACUGGUCAGGUCGCAGGGAUAACCAAGGAUGGAAAUCAAGCUGCUCCUCAUGUUCGGAUCUGGGAUUCUGUGAGUUUGAAUACACUACACAUAAUUGGAACUGGCUUCUUUGAUCGGUCAGUAAGCUGUAUUGCCUUCUCAAAAUCGAAUGGAGGGUCUACUUUGUGUGUGGUGGAUGAUUCCAAUGACCACGUCCUUUCAGUGUGGGAUUGGCAAAAAGUAGAAAGACUAGGUGAUAUUAAGUGUUCAAAUGAGCCCAUCUUUGCAGCAGAUUUCCAUCCCACAGAGACUAACAUCAUCGUAACUUGUGGGAAAUCCCACAUUUACUUUUGGACACUGGAAGGAGGCUCUUUUGCAAAGAAACAAGGGCUGUUCGAGAAACAUGAGAAACCAAAGUUUGUUCUGUGUGCGACCUUUGCUGAAAAUGGUGAUGCAAUAACCGGGGAUUCAAGUGGAAAUAUUCUAGUCUGGGGAAAAGGUACCAACCGCAUUAGCUAUGCUGUUCAGGGGGCACAUGAAGGCGGUAUAUUUGCACUUUGCAUGCUGCGUGAUGGCACUCUCGUAUCUGGUGGGGGUAAAGACCGAAAGCUGAUCUCUUGGGACCGUAACUACCAGAAGAUACAAGAAACUGAGGUUCCUGAGCAGUUUGGUCCAGUCAGGACAGUAACUGAAGGAAGGGGAGAAGUGUUACUGAUUGGCACAACAAGGAAUUUCAUCUUACGAGGCACUUUAUCUGGAGACUUUCACCCCAUCACCCAGGGUCACACAGAUGAACUGUGGGGUCUAGCCGUCCACCCAAGCAAGGAACAAUUCCUAACAUGUGGGCAUGACAAACAUAUCACUCUCUGGGACGCUGUCACCCAUCAACCUAUCUGGAGCAAGAUCAUAGAGGACCCAGCUCAAUCUGCUGGUUUUCAUCCAUCAGGAUGUGUUGUUGCUAUAGGAACCCAAACUGGAAGGUGGUUAGUCCUGGAUACAGAGUCAAAAGAUCUGGUGACAGUUCACACUGAUGGGAAUGAGCAGCUUUCAGUCAUGCGAUAUUCACCAGAAGGAAAUUUUUUAGCUAUUGGCUCGCAUGAUAAUUAUAUCUACAUCUACACACUGAGUGAAAAUGGCAGAAAAUACAGUCGAGUUGGUAAAUGCUCAGGUCACUCCAGUUUUAUCACACACCUUGACUGGUCGACUGAUUCUCAGUAUUUAAUCUCUAAUUCUGGUGAUUAUGAGAUCCUAUACUGGAUGCCUUCAGCCUGCAAGCAAGUGGUGAGUGUUGAAAACGUCAGGGACAUUGAAUGGGCCACAUACACCUGCACAUUAGGAUUUCAUGUAUUUGGAGUUUGGCCUGAGGGAUCAGAUGGAACAGACAUCAAUGCUGUGUGCAGAUCCAAUGAUAAAAAACUUCUAUCUACAGGCGAUGACUUUGGCAAAGUACAUCUGUUUUCAUGUCCAUGUUCGCAGGCCAGGGCUCCGGGCCACACAUACGGAGGACACAGCAGUCAUGUGACCGGUGUGAGCUUCCUGUACGAUGACAGUCAGCUAAUCUCCACCGGUGGGAAGGACAUGAGUGUCAUGCAGUGGAAAGUCAUUUAAGUUGACCUUCUGUCCUGAAAUUUACUUUUGGACUUCAGAGCAAAUGUAACAAAUAUGGAAUAAUAUUUGCCAGAUGUUAAAACUGCAGCUAACAAAAAAUAAGAGAAGUUCCUGCACUUUUACAGCCCUUGAUUUGACAUUUCUGCUAAAUGUCAAAGAUUUUACUUAAACCUCAGGAAAAUCAAGCCUCUGCAAGGUUACUGGUGCAUGGUGUGCUAAUGACUGUAUUCCAGAAAACAGACUUGAUCCUGCUGUCUCUGGGCUCCAAUAUAUUUCUAUGUGGUGAAGUGAGGGUAUGCCUAUGCUAAUGUGCAGUAUUGUUCAUGCAGUUACUCCAACGUAAUGUCUGUGACUACAAACUUUCUUUUUAAUUGGUGAGAAUAAGCUGUAAUAAAUUGUUUACUAUUGAUACUGUAUGCACUAAAUUUCCUGUAUAGACAAGUCUUUAGUAAACAUACUGUAUAAUGUAAACACAAGAGGUUCUACAGAUGCUGGAAUACUGUAUAAUGUGUCUUAAACCUAUGUUGCAUUUUGUAUCUAAUUGUUAAUCUGUUACUAAAGCAUGGGGAAGCUUGACAUUCGGUUGUCACAUUGGUGCAAGCUGCUAUGUAUUUUCUUCCCCCCCAUCCCCACCCCCCAUGUCCACACCUAAAAGGAGCCACAGUCAGAUAAACACAAUAAUUUAUUUGCAGAACCUAUAACUCAUGCACUCUAAGCUUGCAGAGACAGAGAGAACGAGCCUACACUUCUACGAGUGUGCAACGUCUACUCCUCCUCUGCCCUCACCCCAUUCCCUCCCUAGGAGUAUGCUGUGUGCAUGGAAAUUUCCCCAUUGUAAACAAAGCUGACGGCUUGCAAGGAAAAAUGCAGGCAGGGGUUUAAACAGAGCUGGCGAAACAGCUCACACUUUCAGCAAAAUCAGAACAUGCAGUUUACAUUUGAAAUGUAUGUAGAGAUUUUUUUUUAAAUGAAACUUAUUGGUACAUUCUUUCAACACUAAAAUUCAAAAGCCUGUUCUGUGAAUCUUCAUCAAUAAAUCAAAAUUGCUGAAAGGUACCAUUGUGAGUAGGUGUCUGCACUUUUCUAACCUACACAGGAUAAGUAAUUUCAGUUUAAAGAUUUAUUGCUUGUGAAUUUGCAUAUUUUGCAAAUAUAUGCAAAAAUAGCUAUCGAACAUACAGCAAGUUAAUCAAAUGAGCAUCUUAUUUACACCCUAUAUUGAACUUAAGUCAGAAAAAAGGCAGGAAGUGACCUCCACAUAAUGGAGAUGAUAACCACGUGAGGAUGCAUGCAGAAGCCAUUUGAGACAAUAUGCUCUCAUAUAUUAGAGAGGAUUGGAUAGGAAGGGGGCUGUGGAAAAGAGAGGAUAAAAUUUCAGUGGUAUUUCUCCAGACUCCAUCGAUGUAAAUGAGCUUUAGGGAUGUGAUGCAGUGAUUUACGCAGGUACGCCUGGGAGUGUCUUAUCUUCCCCCGAAGUUAUAAUGGGAGGUCACGAUAAUCAGUCAUAGAGCACUGCAGUACAGCCAAAGGACAUUUUUCCCCAUAAGUGCUUAAUAAGAGUGUAGGAUUAACAACAUCAGACGCAGUGAAGUAACGAUGUGGUUGCAAACAUGAUAUUUCUUAUUCAAUGACUAAUGCAAUCCUAUUGUGAUAGGAAGAAUGGAAAAUCAAUCAAGAGGUUUCAUUCAGGGAAUGGUCCCAGCCAUGAGAUCAUAUUACAAAGGAGCAAAGUAAUCCAGGACAUUCGAGAGAAGGUGAAGUUGGAUUCAGCUGGUAGGUGCAAGGAAUCAGGAGAUACAAAUUGUUUUUUUUUAUGAACAGCGACUGGUGGGCGCCAUAAUAGCUUAACAGCGCGACACAGCUACACCUUGGGUCGUCGGAGUUCAGAGUUCAAUUCUGGAGUCCUCUGCAAGGAGUCUCUGAACGUCCUUCCCUUGGAAUGCGGGGGCUUUCCCCGGGUGCUCUGGUUUCCUCCCACAGUCCAAAGACGUGCCAGGUAGGUUAAUUGGUCAUUGUAAAUUUCCUGUGAUUAGGUUAGGGGUAAAUCAGGAUUGUUGGGGGUUGCUGGGGUGAUAUGCCUCAAAGGGCCUGAGGGGCCUUCUCUGCACUCCAGAUAAUCAACAGCACUGUUUUCACUUCUAUAUCGGCGCAACCCCACACCUGCAAAUGCUCAUUUAAUAUUCUACACCUCAUUUGUAAAUUUUUUUACUUUUAAAAGUAUUUUUUCUAACAGCAUUCUAACUGCAUUCCCUUCCUCUACUCUCUGCAAAUUUUAAAUCCAAAAUUCUACCCCCCUGUGUCAAGACUCACCUGAAGUUUAACACUCCUGUGCUCACAGGCUUAAAAUGCUGGGUAAAUUCUGUCUCAUUUUGAAAAAUUGUAAACAUAUUUUCAAAUCCCUCCUUAAUCCCUUCUUUCCAUCGUUCUGUAAUGUCGUUAAACCCUUCAACACGCUGAACCAUCCGCAUUUUCCAAUGUUAUCCCUAUGGGUUUCCCUGAGGUUCACUGUUGUAGCCCUGAUAUCUGGAAUCCCCUCCCUAAAUGCCACUUCCAUAUCCAUGUCUUUCCUUUAAAACAUGCUUCAAUGACCAAAUGCUUACCCCAAUAUCUGAGUGACUUCUGAUAAGCACUAUGGGACAUUCUAUCUAUUGACAGUAUUGCUUUUGACACUGCUGAAGAAUACAAGGCCAUGCUUGAUACCAGAAGCAAAGGAGACUGGUAAAUGGAUCGACACAUGGGCGAAAUUAGUCGAUGGAGAGCUGGAAAGAGAGAAAACUUGGAGUAAAGGAGGAUAGGGAAAGAGAAGCAUUAGAGAUUGGAGAUCUUAAAGCUUCCACUAAACCCACCAGGAAAACCUUGAAUAUUAUAGUGCAUUUACUUUGAAACCACAGGUCCGCUGUCUUUGAUUUUCCUUUAUACGUGCUGUUGGGUGAAAUUUGCAAUUAUUUGGGUCAUUCAGCUUUUGCAACAAUACAAUAAGUGAUCUAUUAUAUACUCUUAACUGAAAGCUGAACGGUCCAAUGCUUGGUAAAUAAAAACAAUGUUUGCUACUCUGUUUCUAAUAGUAACAAUUUUAACUUGCUGAUGUAAGACGGCCAUAAGUCAUGCUCAGAUGGAGAUUUGUAAAUUAUUUUGAUUUAGUGUCCACUUGAUGAAGGAGGGUGAGGUUAGGACAAUAUUAAUGAGCUGGUUUCGUAGGUAAAAGACCUGAAUGGAACACCUGGGACCAACGUGAAAAAAUGUGAACAUAUGGCAAUGCAGACACUACGAUGUUAGAAACUGCAUGGUACGAACAGAUGGACAGAGACCAAACACUUCCAAGGGACAGUCCAACUUAAUGUCUGAGGUUCAGAAACAAAGGAGAUUGUCACUUUACUAGCAGCAGCUCCCAAAGAGCUAAAGUGUUUAAGACAUCAGGAAAUUUUUAGAAAACAUCAGGGAAGAAUGGCCUUAUUGAGGAGACUUCUGAAUGUAGAUGGGUACGUGUGAUAAAGUUUUAGUGAAAUGUUUUCCAUUUAUCUAGAUAUUCGGUUGGCUAAAUCCAGAAUAUUAGUGGAAUCAUGAUUUUAAUCGUGGUGUUAAAAGGAAUGGAAAAGACAAGGCUUCCUGGAAUACUGCACUUCACUCCCACGCAUCUCCCAUCAUCAAACUUGUGACUAUGCAUUUUUGACAUGUACAGCCUUUCUCUAUAACAUCAGAUGAAGGUGUCAUGAUCACACUGUGUUUGCCAUCAUCUUCACUGAAAAACCUUACAAAUGUAUCCCCCCCCCCAGAAUAAAUGUAAUGGGUUGCCUCCUGCCACAGCCUUCCUCGUCCCUUCAUGAUAAAUCAAUGAGAUUUCAAUAUAGACUUUACUGAAAGCCAAAUGCCUACUGAUUAAAAAUAUUUGAUUCUCUAGUUCCAGCUUCAGGUGGUAGACACCGGGGAAAUUAUAAACCAAUAUGUAAAAUUUCUGUGAAUUUUGCUUUCUCAAAUUACUCCGAAAUAAGAUGAACUGGGCAAAGUUUAGUUUGUAAUGUAAGAAGAUCAAAAUAUCUAAAGUUGUGGAAAUAAUCCAGGUUCAGUUUGAUUUGGACUGUACUCCUGAAAGCCUUCACCUUCAGGAAUCAAUUAGUUUGUCCAUUAAAUGAAAGACAAACACCUGUUUAAUGAUUUCCUCAAUCUGAACGUGCCAGUUCACUGACCUGGCAAAUAUGAACACACUAAACGCAGAGACUUAUCUUCAUGAAAUUGUAAAAUUAAAUUAAAUUAAAUUAAAACCAAAGCAUUAACUCAGUAGGUAAAUUGCUAUUUCUGGCUUUUGCCAAUGUUUAAACGUGUCUAGCAUAUUUUAAAAUAAUCCGUGAUGCACUAAAUUAUUUACAACAAUUUACACCAUAUUAGUGUUUCAAGCAUUUCUGAAAAACAAGUAUUUUUAACAAAUUAUUUAUAUUUUACAACAGUUUGUUCAUAUUAUGAUUUUGGUUUUUAUAAUUUAUUAUGAAUUAUAUCACUGAAAUAAAG